AUUCGCCGGCGAGACCCUUCAAUUUAUUUCUCUGAGUAAUUCGAUUAAAAAAUCCCAUGUCCAUGAAUGGUCAGAGAGACCCUUCAAUUUAUUUCUCGCCUGAGAAAAUCGUCGAAUUUUCCAGACCCCAUCACCUACAACAAGCAUCUUCAUCAUCUCAUCAAGUCGAAUUGCGGUGUUCUUUCUCUCAAGUUCCUCGCUUACUUGCCCUCAAGAGGUUUUACUCCUCACCGUUCUUCCUUCAGCUCAGCCAUUUCUUUCAUAUGCAGAUUAGGGCAGGUUAAUUUCGGAUACGGGUGUUUGCCCGAUGUUGUAUCUUAUAACUCUUUGAUUGAUGGAUACUGUAGAAAUAACGAUGUCAGGAGGGCAUGUUUGACAGUGGAUAGGAUUAGGAGUUCCGGUCUGUACAAUUGCAAACCGGAUGUAAUUACUUUUAACUCUCUGUUCAAUGGGUUUUGUAAGAUGAAGAUAUUGAGCGAGGCGUUUGUGUACAUGGGUUUGAUGUUGAAGUGUUGUUCCUCGAAUGUAGUUACUUACAGUACUUGGAUCGAUACAUUCUGCAAAUCAGGGGAUUUGCAAAUUGGGUUGAAGACAUUCAACGAUAUGAAAAGAGAUGGUUUGUCUCCCAUGGUUUCUUUCACUUGUUCGAUCGAUCGGUAUUGUAAAGCUGGUGACCUGGAGGCAGCAUUCAUGUUGUACGAAGAGUUGAGAUGCCUAUCUCUGCCUCUGAAUGUCGUUAUUUACAGUGCUCUGAUAGAUGGAUUCUUCUAACAAGGGAAACCGGAAAGAACAGAGUGGUUGUUUUCACAGAUGUUGGAGGACAGAGUUCAACCAAACUCCAUUAUAUAUACUGUUAUGAUUGACGGGUAUUUCAAGAAAAGAGACGUUGAUAACGCCAUGAAGAUUCUUACGAGUCAAAGGAUGAGUCUUGAUAUAGCAGCAUACAGGGUUAUAUCGGGUCUCUGCGGUAACGGAAGACUACAGGAGGCAACAGAAGUGACGGAGGAGAUGAUAAAAAGCGGUGUAGUUCCUGAUAAGAUGAUAUUAAUGGUGAUGAUGGAUGCAUAUUUCAAAUCUGGGCAAUUGAAAGCUGGAGUCCAGGUGUUUCAGGAGCUUUUGGAGAGAGGUUUUGAGCCGGAUAAGGUAACUCUUUCAACAUUGAUCGAUGGCCUUAUCAAGAACGGUAGAUUACACGUAGCUAAAGCUUAUUUCUCGAACAGCAAACUAAUGAUUCGAGAAGGGCUUGAACCCGACUUGUUGACGUACACGUCGUUGAUUUUCGGGUUAGCAAGCAAGGGUUUGAUGGUUGAAGCAAAGCAAGUCUUUGAUGAAAUGGUGAGAAGAGGAAUAUCUCCUGAUUCUGCUGUUUUUGAUGUCCUGAUCAGAGGUUAUGAGAAGGAAGGAAAUGUGGUCGCUGCUUCGGAUUUGUUUCUUGAUAUGCAGAAGACAGGGCUUGGAACAGUGUUAGGUUCUUGUAUGAACCAAUAUGAUAACAGAGCCAACUUAUCUUGAAAUCUCAUUUUUUGUCCUUUGGGGGCUAA